UCCGACAGACAUCAUGCUUGAAUCAUUUCAGAUGGCCAAACGUUCAAACUUCAGCCUGAUCUUAAUAUGUACAGUAUUGUCCAUAAUAACAAACUUCCCAUCUGGCUACACUAAUUCCACAGUGAACACAGCUGUUGACUCUGUUGAACGGUACAUUAGGGAAUCCUACUACAAACGUGGUACCAAUAUCACCGAAGGAGGGGUUGCUAUAGUAAAGGGUGCUGUAAUUAACUGCUGGUUUGUCAUGAUGGUACUUGGUGCUAUAUUCACACCUUACGUGACUGAUACGUUUGGAAGAAAAAUCGGAUACAUUGGGGCCAUCUCAAUGGCUAUGUUCGCAUCUAUCAUACAAUAUCUAUCAAUCUUAUUUUAUACUCCCGAAAUUUUCAUCCUGGGAAGGUCAUUAACAGCGCUUAGUAGCCCGCUGGCUGAUGCUUGUCUACUGCUGUACCUUCAGGAAAUUUCGCCACUGUCCAUCCGUGGUAUGGCUUCAUUCCUAUGUGAAAUUGGCUAUGGAGCUAUGGUGGUUCUUGGAAUGGUGCUAGGAAUGACGUCAGUACUUGGCGAACAACUGGAUCUGCUGAUGAUCCUACCACUUGGACCUUUGGCAUUAUCACUAAUAUUUUUGGCAUUUAUUCCGGAAACUCCAAAGUUCUUAAUGAUAAUCAAAAAUGAUCGAGAGAAAGCACUUCGUUCUCUGGAAUUUUUCCGCGGUGAAAGUAAAGAUAAUCAACGUCUUUUGGAUGACUACGAACGGGAAAAGUUGAAUGAAGCGUCGCAAGAGCGUUCAUCUUUAAGUGAAAUUUUCUCGACAUGGAAUCUCAGACAAGCCGUCUACCUAGCCAGUUGUGUUUUAUUCCUCACAUGGUCAUUUUAUCCUAUGCUCACCUCAUCCACAUCAUUUUUCCGACAUUCUAAUAUUCAUCAUACGCUAGCAGAAAUGAUGUCCGCCUUGCUAAUGGUUCUGUUCACAAUCUCUUCAAUUUGUGGAGCUUCAAUUGUUGACAGAUAUCCUCGACGGUUCCUAGUCAUGUUUUCCGGUGUAUUAAGCAAUGUCUUUCUUGUCCUGUUUGCUGUCUUCUCAAUAUUCUCCUACUCAGCAGAUUGGAUCAAAUACGCAUGCAUUGCUGCUGCUAUCGCGUAUUGCAUCGCAUUUGGUAUGGUGCUUGGACCGGUUUCGUGGUUUGUGGCUCCAGAGCUGGUACCAUUGAAACACAAGUCACUCGUAUUUUCGCUGUGUUUCGGAGCCAACAAUGUAUUCAUCGCUAUUACGGACUUCCUAGCUAUCGUGUUGUUCCAGAAGUACGGCGCUAUGGUAUUCCUGGUCCUGUUCACCCUACCAUCCAUUGUCUGUCUUAUCUUCGCCUAUCUAUACUUACCAGAAACUAAAGGAAAGGAAAUUGAAGAUAUCAUCAAGGAAAUGUUCAAAAAAGCCAACAAAUCGCUAAUGAAGAAAGAAGAGUGCUCCAAACAAGUUCGACCAAAUCAUCAAGUGUUUGCAACAGACUCAUCAACAACGGUUAUGCCAUGAUUGCAUAUUAGAAGACGAUUUUUUGUGCAUUCUGGAUCCUACCCGGGGUGCACAUUAUCUCAUGUACUAAUAUGAGAGUCUCAUAUACAGCCUCUGGUGAAUGAUGCGCGAUUUCUUCUCUGAUUGUUUUUUGUUUGGGACGACGUCUCGUGAAAGUGUCGGCAUGAAUGUGUUCUUUACUGUAGUAUGAGUAUCUCACCCCUGCUCCAGGUCUUCAUGACAAUUUUUGGACGAUCUACUUUGUGGAAAAUGAGAAAUUUGCUAUGUUCAUUCUUUCCCGCGCAUUGUCAUGCUUUACUGGUGCCCGUCUCCAUAUUAACGGUUUAGUUAACGACGAGGAGAUGCCCUAUUUUCGCUUUUAGUACCGGUUUGUAGUUUCUUAUCCUAAUUUAUUGUUAUUUGGUCAGAAUCAACAGCCAUGUUAGGGUAGUAGUUCUUAGUAUGCUUUGUAAAGGUUUUAUCGUGAAUUUAAUAACGAUGCCUGAUUUGGCUAACUUUUUUCUAUUGCAUGAUCAUUCUUGCCUGAGAUACUGA